GCAGUGGUCCACUUGCCAAGCGAGAUGAAGACACAGUGGAGUAUGAGUUUCGUCUUGACAGCGAGAGCGCCUGAUGCAACAAUAUACUCGCUACUGAAGGCCGCGCCAUGUGAACCAUGGCUGGAUUCGUCCCUGGAACGCUGUCGAGCGCAAGAUACAUAAGAAUGCUUGGUCGAACCAGCAGCGACCUGGUUCACAAGCACACACACCUUCCUUAGACUUCUCUACAUUCAUUCAAAAUGCUCUCGUUGCCGAUUCUCGCUCUGGCGCUGGCCGCCAGCCCUCUAUCCUUGGCGCAAUCUGUCGUCGGCGAAGCGCCUGGUUUCGCAGCAGGUACCACUGGUGGAGCUGCAGGCAAGACUGUCACACCUACAUCGACCGACGAGCUGGUCGACUACCUGACCUCAAAGGAUACGCUCACCAUUGUCCUUACCAAGACCUUUGACUUCACCGGAAGAGAGGGAACCAAGACUGAGACUGGUUGUGCUCCUUGGGGCACUGGCGCUGGUUGCCAACUCGCAAUCAAUGCCAAUGAUUGGUGCGGAAACUAUCAAGAGGGUGCUGGAGCAGUCAAGGUGACUUACGAUGUCGCUGGUACAUCGGCCAUCAAGGUCGGAAGCAACAAGAGCAUCAUCGGCUCGGGCUCUUCGGGUGUGAUCAAGGGCAAAGGCCUCUCCCUCUCCGGCGGCGCCGAGAAUGUCAUUAUUCAGAACAUUCAGAUUACUGAGCUCAACCCCAAGUAUGUCUGGGGAGGAGAUGCUAUCACUCUCAACGGCUGCUCAAACGUUUGGAUCGAUCAUGUCACAAUCAACAACAUUGGCCGCAUGAUGCUCGUCGCCGGCUACGAAACCAACACCGGCAUCGCCAUCACCAACAACAACUUCGAUGGCCAGACCAAAUAUUCCGCCAGCUGCAACGGCGAACACUACUGGGGACUUUUCCUUACCGGCGAGAACGACCAAAUUACCCUCAAGGGCAACCACAUCCACCACACCUCCGGCCGCUCGCCAAAGGUCGACAAGAACACUCUCCUCCACGCUGUCAACAACUACUGGUCCGACAACUCCGGCCACGCGUUCGAGGGCUCGUCGAGCUAUGUCUUGGUCGAGGGAAGUGUUUUCGACAAUGUGAAGGCCGCAGAGCAGGACUUUGCUGGAAAGCUCUUCGCUGCAAAUGACAAGAGCGCGGCGAGCAAGUGCAGUAGCGGUUUGAAAAGAUCUUGCGCUGUGAACUCUUUUUCGGAGUCUGGGGAAUUGGCUGGUAGCGACUCGGGCGUUCUGAGCAAAUUCUCGGGAUUGACUAUCGCAAAGGCGGACGCGGAUGUGCAGGCUGUGCCGGAUAAUGCUGGCGUGGGGAAGUUGAGCGGUGGGAAUGCGAAGAAUACGACGAAGGUGAGGAGGUCGAUUCUGGAGAGGAGGGCGUGGUUGUAGAUGUUGUGAGCUGGUCUUGCAGGUGCUGGUAGGUGCUUGCCGCCAUCCGGCUUCACUUGUGGAAGUCGCGCUAGCGGGGCAAGGGUUCGCGCGCGUGGAGCGCGGGUUGUCGCCUGAACGUAGAUGAGGCAAUCGCAACUUCACAUCUUUCACG